UUAAAUACAUUCCGUUAUCUAUAAACAUAUAUACAUAUAUUAUCCGCAUUAUGUACUUUCUACACUUGAAAUGACGUAGUAUCGGUCCCUGUUUAGAUCAGACGGAAACGAGAGAAUAGUUUCGGCAGUACUGGAGCCGACUAGGAUCCAGGAGCCAAUAAAAGAGAAGAAGAGGAAAACGAGAGAAAAUUCCAGAAACAGGUCGCAAAUAGACGCGUCCGCUCCGUCCACUCGUCCUGUCUUCCAGCGGCGAGCCACACGCGUCUUCACGCGACUGUAAAUACCUCAAUCAUAACGCGCCAAGAUUAUUCGUCUCGUAAAAGCUUUCACCUAACCUCAAUCGAAUCUUGUGCAAGUUUCACGCCAAAUAGAGGGGGAAAAAAGGCGUCUCUGUAGAGGAGGAAAAGAAUUAUGCAAGUUUCAGAGAAAUUAUCUAACGCGAUCCGACUCUGAUAGUUCUAGACGCUUUGUCGGUGGUUUUUAAUUGCUGCACAAGAUCGACCAGACCAUCUCGAUCAGAAUAUGGAUCCAGCUCGGUCUGAAGAUCCGAAAGCGGACACCAGGGCGGAGGAUAAGAAACCUUUAUUUAAGUUGGACGGGCCUGUUACUACAGUGUUAAAUUCGUCCAACGUCAGUGCCAAUGAGGAGGACAGCCUGUCUUUUGUAGUGCUUGGUAAAGAUUCGGUAGAGGCUCAAGCUUCCUUGUUAGCUUCCUAUGUUGAUAUCCAACAGAAGGGCAUGUCAAUCGACUACCAGACAAUGGUGUCGUUGCUGAGCCCAACCGAGAUGCAGUGCAGAUUGACGGAAAUGUUGCAAGAAAAUGUGAAAUUGAAGGAAACCUUGAGGCAGAACAACGAAUCUAUGAAGCAUCAGUUUAACACCCUGACAAUGUGGCAAGAGGAAGUGACUAAGGUUCAUCAAAAUCAUAAGCAGAAGUUUGAGGAAACCAAAGAGCUUGUAAACCAUCUCAAGCAGGAAAAUGCGGAGCUGAAGACUACACUCUGGCGUUCGCAAAAUGCCGAAGAUAUAGAAUAUAGGGCGAUUGCCAUUUCUGAGUCUGAUAUUAAUAGUGCGUCCACCAGUCGAGCAGAACCUGAGCAAAAAAUGUCCAAACUAACAGACACAACAUCACAGAUGGCCAUUAAAAAAUGUAAAGAAUGUACAACAUCUGCAAUGCCCGAAGAGUUUGACGAAGAGGAUAUACAACAAAACCUGCAACAAGUAAUAGUGGAAAAGGAAUUAGAGUCGGCAAUGAAGUCGUUAAGUUGCAACGACAGUGCAAAUGAUGUAAAAUCUAUGGAAAUUCUGAAAUAUUCGAAGAUGUGUUCCGCAAAGGACCAGGAAAUUGAUUGCCUGAAAAAAUCCAUUGAUCUACUUGAACAGAAGCUGCAAUGUGUUUUUACUCCACUUAAAUUAGAUUUAUCAGAAACACCGUCAAAUUUAAACCGUCAGAAAUUGGUACAAAAUUUGAAGCAAUACAACGACAUGUUGCAUGAAUUAACUGAAUGUUUUACAACACAAAUAGAACGCUUUGCUGUCAUGGAAAAGUGUUUGAGAGAAAUGACAGAUAUUUUUAGACUUGAUAAAUCUAAUAUGCAGUAUGAAGACAAAUUGUGUCAUUGUUGCAAACAAUUAGCUGACGAGCAAGUAAAAAUGAUCACUGAUAGACAGAUAUUAAUUAAAUCACAGAACCAAUUCCAAAAGAUAUUCUCUGAUUACAAUUCUAUUGUGUACGAAUUGGAAAUAACUAUUAACGAGAAUACGAAAUUAAAUGUCUUAAAUGAUAUUAGCGCCCUCGAGAAUUCCCAAACAUUAGAACAAGUGGAGCAGAUUAAACACGAACAGCAAUUAUUUGAAUCGGAGAAAAGAAUUUUUGAUCAAGAGAAAGAUAGUCUAGAGAGAGAGAAAAAGUCUCUCGAAGACGAAAAAAAGAGUUUGGACGUGGAACGUGUAUCAUUGCAUAAUGAAAAAAGACUCUUGAAGCAAGAGAUAACCUCUUUAAGUGAAGAAAAAAUAUCACUUGAUCACCAAAGUCAAUUAUAUGAAAAUUGCGAAAGAGAUCUGCAAAACGAGAAAAAGAUAUUGCAAGCUCGUUGUGAACAAUUGCUGAACGAGACAAGUAGCUUGCAACAGAAGCUCAAAGAGAAGAAUAUAGAAUAUCAAAGUAUAUUGGAGCAAACCACACAAAGUGCAGAAGAAAUACAUUUAUUAAGAGCGCAAUUAUCGCUCUAUGAAGAAGACUUUCAAGAGGAGAAGAAGUUGAAGGAAGCAUUGCUAGAAGAAAAGAAUAAAUUGGAUACAGAAUUGCUAAAGCAAAUAGAGUUUAACAAGCAGUUACAGGAAUCUGCUAGCAUUACAAAUUCCAGCGGUAAGCCAAGCCUUACGUCUGAACAUCAAAGCCACGUCAUGACGGUAUGUCCAAAAUGCGCGAUGCCAUUUCAGAAUUUAGCAGAUUUGAUGAUGCAUAUUGAAAGAUGCCUAGAUUAAUUGAACAUAUAUAAGUAUGUACACUAAUCUGAUUCUGGUAAGAGUGCAGUCUCAUACAAGGAGAUUUCGUAUGAUUAUGGCACGCGAACUGAUAUGAUGUGGUAUCUCUCUCUUAUAUUAUAUUGAGGUAGGAACAGUUUUAUGUAAUAGACGGCUUUUAACAUGAUUAUAGGAGAGACAUAACAUCUAACACAUAAACCGGAUACUUGUAUAAAAUUAGAAUGGAAUUAAAAAUCUAAUUUUAUGCAAGUUUAUGCAAGCGCUUUAAAUCUAAUUUUGAUAAGACUGUGUACUAUAUAAUAUGCAUAUAAUAUAGAUAGAAAACAUAAUGUUAGUUUAUAAUUAGUAGGAACACAGAUUGGAAAAGUAUUGAGAUAUUUUUUUACGUUUGUCACUCAUUCUUAAUUAUCUCUAUUUUAAUAUUUGAACGAUUGUGCCAAGAGGUGAUUUUGAAAAGUAUUUUUAACAAAAAUUACAAUAACGAACACAAUGUUGAAAUUUUACACAAAUUUUAUUUAUAGUUAGUCAUGUAUCUAUCGCACGCAGUACCUGUACGCAACCGUCAGUUACCUCAUAUGAUAUAGUACUGUACGUAAGCGAAUAGUACUGUAAAUAAAAUGAACAAUAAAGAACUUUGAAAACCUA